CACAUGAAGCCUCCAUGUGUGUGAAGGAUGGAGUUUCAUUGGAGACGAUCAGAGAUGAUCGAUUCUCUUUCAGUGAUGAAGCAUCUACUGGAGUCUUUACUGUGAACAUCAUUGAUCUGAGAGAAGAGGAUUCUGGGAUAUACUGGUGUGGAGCUCACGUCACCACUAAAGUGCAUUUAAAGGUCAAAAGGAAUUUCUCCAUGAUCAUCAUUAUUAGUGUGUGUGUGAUGCUGCUGCUAAUCGGUGGAUUCACUCUGACUGUGUGGAAAUUAAGACACAAAAGAUGAGGUGAUGCUCACACACACUUACCCACAGACCCCUCUGAUAUACUCCUGUAUGCUACUGUCAGUUUCCAGAAGCAUGCAGAGUUUCUCAGUGAUGCUACAGUCAGAUUCAGUAAGAAUGAGAUUCACUCUGAUUACGCUGCAGUCAGUCACUGCAUGAGACUCAACUUAUAACUGAUCACAGAUCAUCACAUAUUACCAAUAUUUUAA